AUGUCUUUAUCAACUCCACUUCCUCCAUCAACCCCUAGAGAAUGGCAGAAAUUUGCAGAAGGCAAAAAAAUUCUCCCCACUUUUACUCUUUCACAUCUAAGCAAUCGAAGACAGCAACGGCCACAACCACAUCCACAGCAACAGCCACAGCAACAGCAACAGCAACAGCCACAGCAACAGCAACAGCAACAGCAACAGCAACAGCAACAGCAACAGCAUUCCACUCACCCUCCCCCUCUCUUUCAACAAGCAGAAGCAAGCGAACAUUAUUAUCCUACUCGUCAUUAUAAGAAUCAGAAUCCGCAACAACCUCGCAGUCACAAACUUGGUCUGUCUGGCUCAACAAUGAGAGAAGAUGACCAUCUUUUCCUUCAUAUAUUGCGAAAACAAGAUGAAAUCAACUUUCUCAAUAUCAGAGAUUUUUUCUUUGAAAGUGAAUAUGCAAAUAGGAAGUCGUGGGAUGCAGCUCUAGUAAUAUUGAGUUUAGAUGAGGUUAUCGAUGAUGAGAAUGUGUUGAAGUUGGUACGAAAAACGACAACCGACAAUGUUACGGAGACCUUUGCUUCCGAACAAUCAGCUACAAAAUCCUCAGCAUCUAGUGGUGCAAAGUCUCAAUCAUUACCAGAUCUAUCACCCUCUGACCUCUGCAAGCAAAAUAACACCACCUCAACCCCAAAACAUACCACGCCCUCGAACAACACACCAAAAAUACCACGAGCACCAAGGAAAGCCCAACGCUCAUCUAAACCUGCGCCUAUCAAUCCCGAAAUCCAUCGAUCAGAGGCAGAGGACACAUUUACUAUCCAAAAGGAUGAGAAAAAUAAUUCUGAUCGGGAUGUUGCAUAUUUGUAUGAAGAUUUCACGCGGUUCAAGGAUCAAUCGAAUGUUUCACCUACACCAGCUUCGAAAGGACCCUCAAGCAAGCCCAUCCGUUCCCUUUUAAAUUCAGAUCAUUCUGAUGUAGGUAGUGAAGAGGAAGAGGAAGAGGAAUUUGGAAUACCGAUCUCAGAGAGAAGGAAAAUCUCCACUACAGCUACUGAUGGUGAAGCAAUCAUCAACAACUUUGCAAGCAAUUUCUGUACAGCUUUAUGCAAGUACGUUAAGAGCUCAACAUCAGGACCCUCUCUCAUCUCAAAUUCUUUGGUCUCACGUACAUAUACGAAUACGAAUUGGAAGCAUAUCAGCCAGAAGUAUCGAAUGGUACCUAUACAACAAAAGUUUUCAUUUGGCUCUAUUAACAUUAACGACAAGAGCAAUUGGGGAUUCAAUGCAGCCGUCGAUGCUAUCAUCAGAAGUCAUUGUAAUCAAGACCAGGUCAAGGGCGAGAAGGACGAGAAGGGAAAUCCACAAAAGGUGAAAAGAGACAGGAGUUACAACGAUAGAGAGAAAAUGACAUGCUUGCCGUUGCUUUGUGCCGAAUUCAAAGCUAGCUCUAAGCCAAAAGAUAUAUUUAUACAAGAAGAUGCGGAACUUGCUGCAAUUAUUUAUGAGAAAUGUCAUGGGAUGGGUAGAGAUAGAGAUGAAGAUGAAGCUGAUUCUUCGAAAAAGAAAUAUUAUUAUCAUUGCAUGUUUUAUCAAUAUGGAUUCUUCCAAGGAUUUAUCUUAGCAAGGUAUACGACAAGGUGGAUUGAGUACAUCGGCAACAAAGAAAACAAGGUACUUCUUUCCGAUGGGGGAGAAGAGGAUGAUUAUUUAAGAAUUCAACGUAUGGGACAGUUUAGUAUCUUUGACAAAGAAGAUAUUUAUAUGAUUAUGGUGGUUAUGAUUAGUAUUAUGAUUGCGGAUAUUGAUAGGGAGAUGCACGGAGAGGGAGAAGAAAAAAUUGGGGAAAAGGCAAGGGGGCUAGGUGAUUGGAAAAGGGGGGGCAAGGAGGAGGAAAAGAGCAAAUCGGAGAGCCAAAGUAAUAAAAAAGCAACGGGGCUAAGUGAUGGAAAAAAGGGGAGCGAGGGGGAGAAGAAGAGGAAACCGGAAAGCCAAAGUAAUAAAAAAGGAGAAAAGCCGCCGUGGAAAUAG